UUUCCCUCCUGUCGGUACUUUCAUCCCAUCCCAGCUACCACCACAGCCACCACCACAGCCACCACCACAGCCACCACCACCCACACCCACACCUACAACCACACAAUCCUCAAAACAUCCACCUCGCAACAACCUCCGUCCAACUAAUACCAACUAAUACACCAAAGUCCUGAUAUUGUAACCCAAUACUGUAUCAACUACGGAGUAUAUCAAACUAUAUCCACCGACUCAUUAUUCCACCACAACCAUAUCCAUAUCCUCAACUCAAUCAGCAUUCGAUCACGAACGCGUCACCGCUAUUCCGAGCGCUUAUUCUCCUGCCCUGCCACUCCGCAUUGCCUCUCUUCCACGACCAGCCCAUGAGCCAAACCUGGGUUUGAAGGGAACCACGCCAUCCCAGCGCGAGCGCCAAAGGGCGUACAAUCUUGCCCUCGACACAACUCUCUCCGCGGUCAACUUCUCUCGAGGCCUUCGAUAUGGCGCCUCCCGACCACCAAUCGAGUGAUGUCGGCCGACGCGAGUCGCAGAGGCUCUCGGUCCGCCAAUCUGUCGACAACACGAUUGACGAGGGCGACGACCUCUAUGGACUCGAGACUAUGGGCGUGUCUGACGGGUUCCGGCCGCCUCACGUCCAGAACCACAACCGCAUAUCAUCCGACUCGUCACAAUUGAACAGAUCGGCGCCGCCGCGGCCACCGAGUAUAUCAAAGCCGAGGAUGGUCAGCAACUUUGCCCUUCGACACGAUGGUGCCCCGGAGUCAUCGUCUUUGGGACCGCCUGCUGAACGCAACGAAUCGACUGAUGCUCCCAUAAUAGCGCCCGAUGGGCCAUACCAGGGCCCAACGAGGCCGUCACAUCCAUACCGAAUGUAUUCGCAGAUGGAUCGACCUGCGAGGGCAGCGAGCAUCGCUACGAUUUCAAGUUUUCCCGCGUCGGAACAGAGUUACAGUGGACCCAACGGCCCUACGCAUCCCUACGGCAUGUAUCCCCAGAAUACUGUUCCGGAGUCAGAAGCGGGCGACAUCGAGCCACCAGCGAAUAUUCCAGUCGGCUUCCCAGGUCUCUCCGGGAACCAAUAUCAAAGGCGAUUAGGCCCAGAUGGCGAAGACGCCGCCGAUAUUAUUGGCCCAGACGGCCAUACAGAACAAUUACCACCCUACACGAAAUACCCCGACGAAGUAUUCGCGAGGAAACUGAUGCCUUUAUCCGCCCCAGGACCGUCUGCAGCGGCCGCCUCGGGCGCAGGGGGAAUCGGCCUUGCAACACGUAACCCUGAAUUCUCAUCAGAAAACCUCGCCAUCUCGCCCAUUGAACCGACGUCUCCCCGGUCUACACUCUCCGUACGGAGCGGCGAGCCCGUGCGAAGUCGCGACGCUGCCGCGGCCGCAGAAGCGGAAUCCGAGAAGCCGGCCGAGAAGAAGUGGAAGACGAUGGCGAAGCAGAAGGUGUGCGGCUAUCUCCCAGUUUGGGCACUGACUUUGAUCGUGCUGCUCAUCGUCGUUAUUGCCCUGCUCGUCGGUAACAUCCUCGGCGUGAUGGUCACGAAACGGAGAGAUUCGAAAUUCAAGCACAGCCGGCCACUUACCAUACCUGUCUCAGGCGAUUACUACACAACCGUAACCACCACCCUAGACGCCACUCCCCUCCCCUCCCUCCCCACCAGCCUCCCCACCCUCCCCACUGGGACUUUUUCCCUCUUCAUGAGCUCUGCCUUGGAAAGCACAGGCCUCUGCCUCGAAAACAUGUCUCAGCUCCUCGCCUGGUCCUGCGACAUGCCGCCCGCGCGCAUUCAAGUUACCAUCGCCAACCUCGGCCUCGACGCGCCCAAGACGAGUAACCACGCCUUCUCGCUCAAGCUACCGGAUGGGGCACAGCAAGGGUUCUCGUAUGGCACGCAGCCGCCGGUGUUCAGGCCGAAAAACGUGAUGACCCUGGUGAGCGACUACGACGAUCCGUAUCUAGGACCAGCCUGGUUCUUCCAGGUCACUUACGAUAAAGUCGUCAUCCUCCCGGCAGAACUCUUGCCGGCGCCAUCGGCCAAGGCGAGGACGCGGCGCGGGAAUGUGGAGGCGGUCGGCGAUACGACCGCUACAGCAUCCGAUGCCGCAGCAGCCCCAACUUCCUCCACCACAACCGCCCCGUCUACAAACAACUACUCCGGCGGCGACGGCAGCGGCUGGCCCACGCCACCGGGCACGUACCCGCGCCACAGCGUCGUCCUCGCGGGCUCCACACCCUGGUUCUGCUACUGGAACGGCACCCUCCUCGAGACCUUCGUGUACCCCAACGCCUCAUCGAAAGCGAGCGAGAAAUGGGCGUCGAGCUACGGCGCCUCCUCCACUACUGCCUCCGGGUAUGGUAGGACGAGCGUACCCACCGAUGCUGGCGCCGUGACGGCUGCUGGUGGGACGACGACGGGGACGAGCGGGUUACUGCCGCCGUACCCAAAGGUGGUGAAGAUUGAGGAGAGGAGGAUGCCGAGGGGGGCUUACGAUCAGCCGUACUGUGUGCAGAUGCGCAUCUCGGCGGAUAGGGCGACGGCGGCGCCGGUUAGGGGUGCGGAUGGGAGUGCGGUUGUCGUGAUGCUUGAUGAGAGGGUUGGGGCGAGUGGGGGUAGUAAGGCGGAGAGGGAUGGGGUGGAGAUGGAAAAGAGGAUGGGGUGGGGGAAGAGGGGGAUGGCGCAGGAGUGUCAUUGUGGGUGGGUUGCUAAGUGAAUACCGCCAAGGACCCCUUGACGGUUGUUAAUUGAAGUGCCUAGAAUCGACACACAGCGAGCGUUGUGAGUAAUAUCCUGCAACUCGAGAGAUGGAGGAUGCAGCGAGCUUGUGGAUCGAUUAACUAGCUGUGUGCCCCUCCCAGUCUGGGAGAGGCACACAGCCAGUUAAAUGAUCAACACAUUCUGUCUGUGUCGACAGCGCUAGGGGAGGGGUUUGGAUACCACGGCGUCAUUCUUGGUCGAUGUUUUUUUUGGGGUUUUUUUGGGGGAUAUGGGAUCACAAUGGGGGACUCCAUGUCGCAAAAUGGGUAUUACUUAACUCUUCAUGUUUUUAUGUUCUAUGUUUCUGGGAAAGCGUGGGGG